AUGAGAGAGCUGUCCUGCUUCGGUGACAGCUCUGUCGGCGUCUGCGCGGCGGCCUCCGUCUCCGGCCGCGCCGGGCUCGACCGGUCGCUGCAGGCGGCGACCACGAGCGUGUACAGGGCAGUUCUGCCAUCGGGCGAGGACAUGCUCGUCCGGGUGACGUGGACCCGGAGCGCCGCCGGAGCAGCCGGCGUCGCCGUCGCCUUCGACGAUGGCCUCUCGCCGCCGUCUUCGGCAAGGAGCAGCCAACUCUUGCUACAGAAGAGGCGAGGGAGCAGGUCGCUGGUCACCGGCGCCGGCACGGCCGUCGGCGUGCACUGGGACACCACGGAGGCCAAGUACCCCUCCGAUUCGUCCCCGGAGCCCGACGGCGACUAUUACCUCGCCGUCAUCGCGGACGCCGAGCUCGCGCUCCUCCUCGGCACGGGGGGCGCGGCGCGCGAGCUCUCCCGCCACUUCGGCUUCGGCUCCGGCCUCGGCGCGCUCCUCAGCCGGCGCGAGCAGCUGCGCGGCGCCGCGGCAGCGCACGUCACUCGGUGCAGGUUCCGCGAGGGCGGGGAGGAGCACGAGGUGGCCGUGCACGCGUGCAGGGGAGGGGGAGGCGCCGGGGAAGGGGAGCUGCGAGUGAGCAUCGACGGGGAGAAGGUGGCGGAGGUUCGGCGGGUGGGGUGGGGCUUCCGGGGCAACCGCACCGCCGUGCUGGCCGACGGCGAGGUGGUCGACGUCAUGUGGGACGUGCACGACUGGUGGUUCGGCAGCCGGGGCAGCGACGGCGCGGGCGCCGGGGCGCAGUUCAUGGUGAAGGCCAGGGCGGAGAAGGAGGGCAGGCUGUGGAUGGCCGACGAGACGGCGGCGAGGGGGCAAUCGCCCGGAGGCUUCUUCUUGCAUGUGCAAUGCUACCGCCAGUGA